GUCACAUGUUUCAGUCAUAAAAAUGUCUUGAACAGCAGCUUUCAGCUUCACUGUGAGCUGUGCAGAGACAAAGAUUCAGAGAGAAGAUGGCUUCACUUCCUGCAGAACCUGAGCUGAGAAUAGUGAUGAUUGGAAAAACUGGUGUGGGGAAGAGUGCUGUUGGAAACACCAUCCUGGGAGAACGUCUGUUCAAAUCUCGUCCGUGUUCAGACUCAGUGACUAAGACCUGCGAACAACAACAUGUACACCUAGGUAACAGAAAGGUGACUGUGGUGGACACACCAGGGAUCCUGGACACCAAGGCCACUCCAGAUUUCCUCAAAAAAGAAAUAGUGAAGUGUGUGAAAGUCUCUUGUCCUGGUCCUCAUGUGUUCCUGCUGGUCAUCACAGUCGGUCGAUUCACUCCAGAAGAGAAGAACUCAGUGGAGGCUCUGCAGCAGCUGUUUGGUCCAAAAGCAAACCAGUACAUGAUCGUGCUGUUUACACGUGGUGGUGAUCUUGGAGACAUGACCAUACAAGAGUACAUACGUGAGGGUAAGGAAGACCUUCGACAAGUCAUCCAACAAUGUGGAGGCAGGUUCCACGUCUUUGACAACAACAGCAAAGACAGAAAACAAGUAGAGGAGCUGAUCAGGAAGAUUGAUUACAUGGUGGAAGGUAACUUGGGAACAUACUACACUGAUGAAAUGUAUGAAGAAGUUCAAGCGGCUGGCAAGAAUAACAACAAUUACAGCUUCUUUGAUGCACUGUUCCAACGUAUCAGGCUUUUUCUACAAAUUCUUAGAAGAAGUUAAAUAGCUUUGAUAUUUUUUAAAAAGCCUUUACACACACACACACACACACACACACACAUUUAUUCUAUUUGUAAGGGACUGUGAACAACAUUAAACAUAAAUGUUACCAUAUACUGUACCAGAAUUAGAUUAAAUCAAAAUCUCCUGAAUGUUUUGUUUUGCUUUAGGUUCUGUCAGUAAAAAUGAUUUAAAAAAAUAUAAGUUGUUGAUUGUAAGACUGCCUCUUAGAGUGACAGUAGAUAUAAGACAGACUGUGUUACUGAUAAAGUAUUUCCUGUCUCUGCUGUAUUUAGACCUGUGCUUUCAUUUCAUGAUCUGUAUAAUCAUGGUGGUUUGUCAGAACUUCUUUUAUUCUGAAAAGUGAA